AUUCACAUGUUUUUGUUUCUGUGCUUUCUCAACUUUUUAUCAUCUUCAUAUCUCUCAUGUUUCAAUGCAUUUCACUUCUUCACGGAUUUCCUCCUUCACCCUCCACAGGUCCAUCUAUCAUAAGGAAGGCUUUAUUUUAUGGAGCUAACAGCUACUUCUGAUGUUAAAAGAUAGCAAGUUUUAUAUGAGGGACCCUGAAUCCCCUUGAAGUUAUCAAAAGAUUGCAGAAUUUCAAUUCUUCUUGUUUGUUCUACUUGAUUUUUAUUCCUAAUCUCGUCGACAGAAUCAUCAUUGGUUGUUCUGAUACAUGCAAGGAUCACCGAACUGUUUUAAGAUUUCUUCUCUACCUUUGUUGGACGUUGAUUUUUUCUGUUGGAGCCGUGGCCAUUUGCCUUGAACUUAACAAACAAAAAAGGUGCAAUUUUGUGGUUGUCUUAAGAUAUUUUUACCAUGAAGCUAGCAUUAACACCAAUGGGUGAUGUUGAAGAUCCAAGUUAUACGAAAGACGAUGAGCAUGAUUUGUGGCCUCUCGAUGAAAUCAACCCAACAAAAGCGAGAUUCCCUUGUUGUUUGGUAUGGACUCCUCUUCCGGUGGUCUCGUGGUUGGCGCCUUUCAUUGGGCAUGUUGGUUUAUGCAUGGAGGAUGGAGUUGUCGUAGAUUUCUCGGGUUCCAACUUCGUCAAUACUGAUGAUUUUGCUUAUGGUGCUGUGGCCAGAUACGUUCAACUUGACCGUCAGCAGUGUUGCUUCCCCUCUAACCUCGCCAGUCACACAUGUAAGUACCGUUACAAGCAUACAGAAAUAGGCAGCGCUAUUAGUUGGGACGAUGCUGUCCAGUCGAGUAGGCGUUAUUUUGAGCACAAAUCGUAUAACCUCUUCACAUGUAACUCCUACUCGUAUGUUGCUAAUUGUUUGAACCGGAUCUGCUAUGAUGGAUCAAUGAAUUGGAACAUGAUGAGUGUGGCGGCCCUUGUACUCUUCAGAGGGCGGUGGGUGGACGCCAUGGCGGUCAUUAGGUCGUUCCUGCCAUUCACCGUGAUGGUUUGUUUCGGUGUAAGCAUCGUUGGGUGGCCUUUCUUGAUGGGUCUUAUGUCAUUUUGUCUCCUCCUUAUUAUCUGGUUUUGUGUUGGUACUUUCUGUUUGAAAAAUGUGUUGGAAUGUUAGAAAUGCAGACUGGUUUUAAGGAGCUUGAUCUCAUAACUUUUAGCAGAGUUGAAGUUUGGCUUUUUAGCCCAAUCCUUGUUGCAAGGGGUUCACUUCUGAAUAAAGAUUGAAGUGUUUUAGG